AUGCAAACCUCGGAUGCAUCGAGCAUCCCAAACAGUUCGCGUCUGAUCCCGCCUUCCAAAUACAACUUGAACGGUGACACCGGUUUCUCCCACGGCGCCUAUCACUCCAACCACAAUCCGCAAGGCUUUUCGAACCGCUCACGUCGCGCCAAUAUCCCUGCUAUAAAUACCGCCGCUGGCCAGCACGCCGAUAUGAAUUCCGGUUUCGAUAUGAACUUCACCCCCCUUCUGCCAUCGCAGUUGCUCGUUGGCAGCCCUUUCCAGCCCGGAACCCCUUCCGCCUUUGCGUCCCCUCAAUUUGCGAAUUUCGGUGGCUUCCCGCAAGCCAAUGCCAACGGACAUGUUCAGAAUUCCCAGCACUUGGGUAGCCCGACCCAGGGUAUGCAGAACCACGGUCUGUACGGCGGGAUGAUGUCGGAAUUAGGCGCACCCCAGCUGCUGAGCCCCCAGUCGCCGAUUAAUGGCCUGGGUGGAUUCGGAAAUGCGGCCCUGGGCCCUGCGUCAUCAGUCUCGCCGGGAAUGAUCUCGGGAACCAGCCGUACCGUGUAUUUGGGAAACAUCCCCGCUGAAACAAGCGCCGAGGAAAUCCUGAAUCACGUGCGCAGCGGGCAGAUCGAGUCGGUGCGUCUUCUGCCCGAUAAGAAUUGCGCGUUCAUUUCGUUCUUGGAUAGCAGCUCCGCUACUCACUUCCACUCAGAUGCCAUCUUGAAGAAGCUGGCCAUCAAGGGAAAUGAUAUCAAGGUAGGCUGGGGUAAGCCUUCUCAGGUCCCGACUUCCGUAGCGCUGGCCGUUCAACAGUCCGGCGCGUCCCGCAACGUUUAUCUUGGAAAUCUGCCAGAGGAGACAGUGGAGGAUGACUUGCGCGAAGAAUUGGCCAAAUUUGGCUCUAUUGAUACCGUCAAGAUUGUCAAGGAAAAGGCAAUUGGCUUUGUCCAUUUCCUCUCCAUUAGUCAUGCUAUGAAGGCGGUGGCUCAGCUUCCCCAGGAGCCGCAAUGGCAAGCGCCCAAGCGCGUGUUCUAUGGAAAGGACCGCUGUGCAUAUGUGUCCAAGACCCAGCAACAAAAUGCAGCACAGUUCCUGGGUAUUGCACCAGGCUACGCUCAUGUUCUCAACUCGGCUGACCGGGACUUGAUUUCGAAUGCGCUCGCCCAACAGUCCGUCGCGGCGGCUGCAGUGGCCACCACAGCGGGCGGCGUCAGCAACUUGGGCAACCGAACUAUUUAUCUUGGAAACAUCCACCCGGAAACCACAAUUGAAGAGAUUUGCAAUGUGGUCCGGGGAGGUCUCCUACACCAUAUCCGUUAUAUUCCCGACAAGCACAUUUGUUUCGUGACCUUUAUAGAUCCCACGUCGGCCGCUUCCUUCUACGCCCUCAGCAACCUGCAAGGUCUGAUGAUCCACAACCGACGACUGAAGAUUGGCUGGGGUAAGCACUCCGGUCCGCUCCCUCCUGCGAUCGCACUGGCAGUGAGCGGCGGCGCUUCCCGAAAUGUUUACAUUGGCAACUUGGAUGAGACUUGGCCGGAGGAUCGCCUUCGCCAGGACUUUAUGGAGUAUGGCGAGAUUGAGUUGGUGAACACUCUGCGUGAGAAGAGCUGUGCAUUUGUUAACUUCACCAACAUCGCCAACGCCAUCAAGGCCAUUGAAGGCAUGCGCAACCGGGAGGAAUAUAAACGGUUCAAGAUCAACUUUGGCAAGGACCGCUGUGGUAACCCACCUCGCCAGGCUGGCCAGGGCCAGAACUCACAGAACCGCAAUGGCUCUGGUCUGGAAGGACCUCAGUCUCCUCCGGUCAUGAAUGGAUUCCAACAAAACCUCAGCCAGUCAGGCUCUCAGUCUAGCCCAACCCGCCCUGCUCUGUCCCCUGCGCCUGGCUCCACUGGUUCCCAGAAUGGACAACAGCGACACCCUCUGCAGAAUGUUUCUUCCCCCUCUGGUGUGCUGAACGUUGGCUCAAACAACCCGCUCACUAUGUACCUGAGCCAGAUGUCCGCCCAACAUGCACAGGAGCAGGAGAAUCGUCUCAAUGACUCCAUGGCUCUAGCUGGCUUGCAAGGUCACUCGCAGGGCCAGCAGUCAUUAUACAAUGGGACCAGCAACGGUGAUCUUUCCAACGGAAAUAUUGAUACAUCUUUGCACCAGCACCAGCACCAGCACAAGCCUUCAGUCAAUGGCUACCUGAGUGUAGGUAACGGCUCUGGCCCUGGUCACCAUACUACCGCCAGCACCAGCAGUCUGAGUGUUCCGCGGGCACAACACUCUCGGGCUGUUAGUCUACCAUCAUUCUCCCAAGAGCCUUUCGGACCAGUCUCCGGACAACCCGGUCACAUUCGUACUGGAACAACACACCACCCCCAGAACAGCUUCUCCAGCUUCUCAUCCGGUCUGGGUGGACUGAACCACUCUGGAUUCGGGCUAGCCAUCCAAAAUGAAAAUUCUCUGCCUGGCUGGGCGGAAGAGGAAAUUGGAGCUAAAUAA